AUGAAGCAGUCCUACGAAAUCACUGUUGUUGAUUGUAUCAAUUGUACUUUGGAGUCGAGAUGGAGUUCUUUGAUUUGGAUUGGAGCUGAUGAUGAAAUGCAACGAGCUGCUCCUCUCGACGACUGUGACUACUUUAAUCGAUACGGUACAAGUUCCAAGCCUCCAGUCGGCGAUUCUCCAGACUAUCUAUUCGGGCAAUGCCACAAUACUAGCGGAGAUCCCGUGAAAUUCUAUGACGGAAAAAUGGCUGGGAAUCUAGUUGCCGUCACAGUUACAGUCACGCAGUACGUCGAUCUGCGGAUGAACACGGAUCUCAUAACAUUGCCAGUCGAAUCAAUGAAUGCAUCGUUAUUCAGUCGAGUGAUUGUUGGAGCAAGACGAUCGACGCUUUAUGCCUAUUUUGUUGCAGUGGCUCCAAUUGGAGGGAUGAUUUUUGUGAAAACGUUGCGUCGAGAUUCACGAAGUCAGCAAACUUGUAAGAUCGAAGUUUUUAAGGGGACUGUGCCCUCACUCAGCGACUCGACGAAUCUGAUUUUUACUUUGGGCCAAAACGAUACCGGAAGAGACAUGAUUUGGAGAAUGCCGAUAAUAACUUUUCGAUUCUCGGGAGGCGAAUGUUAUGCCCAAAUCGAGUAUCGUCGUUUCAUCGAAGAAUUCGACGCGAAUACUUGUUUAUUGAGGGAUAUUCCAGUGACCCCGUUCACCUUCCCCAUCGUCAGUUCUGAUUCAAAACAGCAAAUCUUGGAAAGCAAAUGUUUUGUGCAAGCGAAUUUGGCAAAGGUGGUGAUCACGCUUGAGAAACUGAUCGGUGGGACGUUGGAGAUCGAUUUUGGGGGCAAUCGCACAAAAAUCACGGCUGACAACUCUGUGACGGUGAUUUGCCAGAAAAAUGUUAGCAAGAUUACGUAUUACUGGCAUCCAGAUCCAAGCGAAGCUGAGAGCAGAAUUCUUGGAAGGAUCGACGUCAAUCCAAUCAAUUCGGAUUCCUCCUGUUCAUUGGAACCAAAGAAAAACGGCUUAAGUAAAUGGGUGAAAGUUGGGGUUGUGAUUGGCGCGACCGCACUUACCUUGAUCCUCGUUUUGUUCUGCUUUUGGUGUAUUCGAGCUGUGAUUUUGAGCCCUAAACCCAAAAAGAAACACCUUCACCACUCAUACAAAUCGUAUCAAAGUGACUCAAUUCUGGAAUUCGAUGAUCCAAUUGAAAGAAUUCCAUCAGUAUCAGAAGCGGUCCCCCAAACGUACAGCGAAGUUUACCCAAGUUUGGAUGAAAUU